GGAUCUAUAUUUCCCACCUAAGAAAAAAAAAUUCUUGCGCAUUAUGUGCAAAGGUUAUAUUUUUCCCACUUAUUUGAAAAAAACCGUUAUUUUUUUCUGUAUACGAUAGUAUCAAUUACCAAUAUUUUAUAACAUUUAAAUAGGAGUAAUAAAUUGAUAACCGUGGAAGUGGGAAAUUAUCAUCCCAUUGCCCACAGAGGAUACCAAUUUUUUUCCCUCCAAUAUUUUUUCUAUCAAAAUAAUUAUUUGUUUUAAUUUUAUUAAAUAAGCAGAUAUACUUACAAUCUCUUUGACUUGUUUAUUAUAAUCAAUAUAAUUUGCCGCGUAUUUCUAUGUUAUCAUGCAGGCCAUGUGCCAAAUAUUUACGGUGUUAUCAAACAAUAAUUAAAAUGUGAUUUUGUUUCUAACUUAUAAGUUGAUAUAUUCAACUUAACGCCAUUUAUCGCAUUUUUGAUGAAUAUCUUUAAAAUGUCUUCCAAAUUAACUGAUGAACAUAUUUUAAAUGAAUUAAAUGCAAUAAGUGAUUCUAUGGCCUUAAAUUCAGAUGAGGGAGGUGAUAGUGAUGCAGAAGACGAUAUUUUAUACCCAUCUUUAGUUGAUAGUCGUCAAACAAAUUCUAGUGAGAAAAACUCAUUCUGGAGUUUGAAAACAAGAUCUUCAGAUAUUAUGAGUGAUAAUAAUUAUUGUAUUGACAAUGAAAAAGAAAAAUUAACUGAAAAUUCAACAAAUGUGAUUAUAAAUUCUUUCAAUGAAUGUGAAGAAAAGCAAUCUUUGUCCAAUGAAUAUCAAAAUAAUGUGUUUAUUGGUUUUGAAGACUUAUCAAUUGAUGAUGAAGAUAUAGAUGACACAGACAAGGACAAAGAUUAUACACCUACUGUAUUAGAAUGCAAUGAAUCACCUGAAGACUUCCCCCUUGAUUUGGACCUUUUUCUCAAUGAUGAAAAUAUUUUAAAUGACGAUGAUAUUAUAGACAAUCCACCUAACAUAUCAGAUUUUAAUUUUGAAAAAGCAGGAUAUUCUCCAGAAAUAUAUAAACUGACCCGUUUUAGAGAAGUGCAUGGUUCAGGUAAUAAAAAUAUUUAUAAAAUGUGUCCCAUACAGAUUUUUGAUAUGAUUAUGGGUAAUAUUAUGUAUCAAAAAAUUGUGUUUGAAUCAAAUUUAUUUGCUGAACAAAAUAAUAUAUUAUUAAAUACCAACAUUGAAUCAUUUAUUUUAUACAAAGAAAGUUGUAAUACAAUGAACAAAAAAUAUAUUAAUCAAUUGGAAUUUAGGUCAAGACUUACUGAUGAACUUAUAAGUAAUUUUAGCUCUAGAAAAAAACAGACUUCAUCACCUCAAGAUAGUUAUAAAAAAAAAAAUUAAAUUGCCGUCAUAAGUCCAUCAUUUAAAAAUGUUGAACAUUUACCAAAAUUUAUGAGUAAUUAUAGGCGUUGUAAAAUGUGUAGUACUAAAAAAAAUGAAAAAAGGUCUAAUAUAGUAUGCAUAACUUGUAAGGUAACACUAUGUAAAAAUUGUUUUGAACCAUAUCACAAACAAUAACAUAUCAAGACACAUUACAUAUAUUUAUUUGUAUUUAAUUUUAGUAUUAUUACAUACAAUUUACUACUACCAGGAACUUAAAUACUAUUUUGUUUUUAUUUAUAUAUAUAUUUCUAGUGCAGAAAAAGUUAUUAAAUAAAUCUAUUAAUAAUUUAUUUUUAAAUUUAAAAAAACUUUUGUUACAUUGUUAUCUUUGUAUUAUUAUUAUUAUUAUUAUUAUUAUUAUUAUAUUAUUAUUAUUAUUAUUAUGUAUUAUUUAUUAUAUAAUAUUAUCUAUAUUGUUUAUUCAAUUGUUAUGGAAGGGCUAAAAACAUGAGAUUAGUUUUGUUAUUCUAAGAAAGAAAUGUAUUUUACCACAAACAAUAUUUACAUAAAAUGUCCUUGUUUAUUGUUUUAAUAUUGUUACCUACCUAUUACUAACAGGAACUUACAUAAAAUAUAUACUUAUUUCUAUUUUAUUUUUAAGUUAAAAAAAUUUUGUUAAAUUGUUAUGUUUGUGUUAUUUAUUCAGUUGAUAGAUAUGUAAAGGAUUACAAAAAAUGUUAUA